GUGGAAUUCGAUUCUCUCCGCUGCCUCUACUUCUUCGAUCCGUCUCCUUACCAGAGUACUUCUUCAAAAUGGUGGCCCCUUUGACUAGGACAAUCGUUGUGUACGGCGCAACAGGUGCCCAGGGUGGCGCUGUGGCUCGGUCGCUGCUCCAGAGUACCGUCGGCUUCAGCGUGCGUGCCCUAACUCGGAACCCUUUAUCCCCACCAGCACAGGAACUCGCACGUCUGGGAGCUGAGGUCGUGCAAGCCGACGGGUUUAACCACGAUCAGAUGCGAGCCGCCUUGACAGGCGCUUGGGGGUUUUGGCUAAACACUAACCAUCAUGAUCCAGCGUUCCCCACGCCAGAAGGAGUAGAUGAUACUAUCUUUGGCGAGCACCUAAUCUCUCUAGCCGCUGAGGUAGGGGUCAAGGUUCUAAUCUACAGCACUUGUGAAUCCUCCAGUGAACAUUCCCACGGUAAGGCAGUGGUGAAAGGGAUGGAUAACAAGAAUCGAGUCUUCCGCUACGGGGUCAAUCAGCCCGCGUUUGACGCGGUUAUCGGAGCCAUCCCGGGUUGGUAUAUGGAGAACUUCCUCUCUCCAGAGUAUGCGGCCUGCUUUGGCGGCUUUCCCCUGCGGUCGGAUGCCGAGGGAUAUCUGACGUUCGCAAGUCCCCAUCUCGGCGGACAAGGAAAGGUGCCCUGGCUCGCCGUCGCAGAGGACUUUGGCGAUAUGAUACACGGGCUGUUCCUCGACCCGGCCCCCUAUCAUGGACGGACGGUGCAACUGUUCAGCGAUAGCAUUACAAUGGAAGGAUUGACUGCGCUGUUUUCCGAAGUGACGGGUCAGAAAGCCCGAUUUGUCCCGCAGGCGACUCCGGCAGAAUUUCCGACAUAUGGUGUGGGCGCACUAGAGGAGAUCCGGGACAUUUUCGCCUUCACGCAGUAUACGGGCGGGAACUUCUUCGGCCACCCGAACGAUAUCCAGGCCAGCCAAGCACUGAAGAAGGCGGCUCGGGAGGCGAGCCGAUCUCAGGACGGGUAUGAGCUUAUCACCAUCCGAGAAUAUUUUGCCAAACAUUUCGGUCCCAAGAAUAUUCAAGGAUAGAUCCUCGCCAGGCACAGAUCCUGUCAUUGCAAGCAAACAAGCAAAGUAGUCGAUAGGGUGUUUUCAAAGAAUGCAAGCGGGAUGGUGAUUUGAGAUCCGGAUUAUCUUCAUUCUGUUGUAAUAUAAGGCUGGUGCAGAUCAGGAACCAAGCCGAACCAUCGGAAUUAAUCCCGAUGUAUACGAAGAAUCAACUUGAUUGGAAAUCAAGUUGAUCUUCUCGUUGGAUAUAUA